AAACCACCACAACCCUUCCUCCAACCCCCCCCCCCCCUUCACCCCACCUGACGACCACACAAUGACGUGGAUCAGACACCCUAAAAACCUUCUUGUGAUUUUAAGUCUGACACUGAGCGUCUUACUUCUGGCCAAUCACGUGAUUGUGACUCACCUGACCAUGCGGUCACGUGAUAGCGCCAAACGAAACCACUUGAGGGUUCGGGGAACACCCGAACUUGGAGGUCCUCAGUCGUCAGACAAGGACGUCAAUAACGGGAGAGACGAAAACGGCGAUGGCGGAUAUGAGGAUGGUAGCGACGAUGACGAUAGUGAGGAGAACUUGGACGAUGAAAUGGAGAAGAUGAAACACUCGCCUUACAUUAUCCGAGAACAGCAGGAGCUGGCCAGGAUCAGUCGAGCACUUCGUCCUUCUAAAGUCAAGUACCUGUCUGGAUAUUUACCGUACGAGAAUCUCAACAGAUACAGUUUCCGGCGCUGCCUCUUCCAAAACUGUGAGUUUGUGAACAACAUGUCUGAAGCCGAUGCCGUGAUGUUUUCUGCUAGAAGUAUCAGGGACCACCCCAUCAAGCCCUUCUAUAGACCUGAAAGUCAGAGGUGGGUGUUCUACACCUACGACCCCGCCGAAUACAACUACUGCCUAGAUCGCGCUGACAUCGUGUCCAGCUUUAACCUAACAUCCACCUACCAGCUAGAUUCGGACUUCCCUUUGAUAUUCGGUCGUCUUAGACGUCGCAAGCUGCCACCAAAAGACUACGACGCCAUCUUUGAGGGUAAGACAAAAGGCGUGGCCUGGUUCGUGAGUCACUGCACCACGUGGUCCAAACGUGAGCUGUACGUGGAGGGGAUGAGGUCGGUGCUGGGAGUGGACGUGUUUGGCCAGUGUGGGGAGCUCAGGUGUGGGCCCAUACACUACCGGACCAACGACACGCAUCAGUGCUUUCCUAUGCUGUCAAAGGAAUACAAGUUUUACUUGGCCUUUGAGAACUCUUUCUGCCAAGAUUACAUCACAGAGAAGUUCUUCAAGUUGUUCUCUGACGUCGACGUCAUACCUGUCGUCAGGGGCGGAUUCGAAUACAAAAAAUAUUUACCAACGGGCACGUUUAUCGAUGCUGCGGAUUUCGAGUCACCAAAGGCACUGGCCAGAUUUUUGCAGCAACUCGGUCAAAAUAAAACAGAGUACAUCAAAAUAUUGAAGCGGAAAAAUAGGUGGGUGAGCGAGCAGACGCCCAGCAUACACUGCCACGUCUGCGAGAUGCUGCACGAGAUGUUGGACAAGCCACGCCGGAUAGACGACCUCCGACUCAAGUUCUACGGCGAACCUCGGCAGUGCAGGCAGCCAACUGAUCUAAUCGACCUUUAACUGAUCGGGACUUAGGAUCACUAGACGCAGCAAAAUGCUUCUUUUUUCUAAGCCAACUGAUCUAACUGACCUUUAACUGAUCGGGAAUUAGGAUCUCUUGACUCAGAAAAUGAUUUUUCUUUUUUCUAAGCCAACUGAUCUAAUUGACCUUUAAUUUAUAGUGCCUUAGGAUCACUUGACUUAAAAAUGCUUCUUCUUCUCUCUGCUAACUGAUCUAAUUGAUCAUUAAUUCAUAGCGCUUUAGGAUUACUUGACUUAAAAAAAGCUUCUAUUUUUCUCAGCCAACUAAUCUAAUUAACCUAUAAUUGAUCGUGCCUUUGGAUCACUAGAAACUCAUAAAUAAUGUUCCUCAGCCAACUGAUCUAACAUAUCAUGUGAGAGAUUACAAAUGAAGCGACUUCUGUUUAAAUUGUUAAUUCUAUGUCAACAGUACAUGCAUGUGUUGUAAUAUUUCCUGUGUACAGCGGCUGAUGCAUUUGAAGUAUCGCGGGAUAAAAUGGGACUAGCAGAGAACCGGACGUUUUCCUAAAAAACAAUUGCCCGAAUGCUGUUGGCCGAAGGACGUUUUCCCGAAUGGACGAUUGCCCGAAUGCGAUAAAUGCCCGAAUGGACAAUUGCACGAAUGCAAUAAAUGCCCGAAUGGACGCUUUCACGAAUGCGACGAAU